UAAGUAAGGCUGUGAUCUUGUGGCUUCUUCCUCAAUCUCAUCGCAGCAGUCGUUGUUGGCAAUCUCUGGCCGGCCCUUCCAUUUCACGAUUGUCAGACAAUCCCGGAGCCAGCAUCAAUUCUUUAUCUACCUUCCUUGUUUCCAACUUCUUUCUGUGAAUCUUCACCUUUGAACAACUAAGUUCGUGGCAACUCUCAGAACCUGAGCAGCGAAGCUCGAUAUGGCCUCCUGGAAGAUCGUCCCUUCGAGUUUCGAGGAGGACAAGACUGAAUACACGGCAUUUCUAGAGGGGCGCAAGUACUUUGCCGUCGAUGACUCUGGAUCUACAACAGGUGGUAUACUCCGCCAAGAGCGUGCAUUCGUCGACGCCUUCCAAGGAAGACACACCAGCGCAACGGACGCAAUUUCUCUGUGGGGUACGAAGUGCGACAACCCAACUACGCUAUUUGACUCUGUAAACUGGCGUUCGAAUCAUGGCGGAACGUACCCUAGCGAGAUCCUUGCGAACUCUGCAGCUCUGAGUGCCAUCAGAAAAUCGGACGUGUGGUUCUUGCUCACGGAUGGAGAGAUCUAUGAUGACAAUGUCCAUCAACUGGCGGACCUUGCUUACGACGCCGGGAUUCUCAAUGUGCCACUUGUGUUCCUCAUAACCGGCUCGCGCGGUAGUACUCCCGGAACAGCGAACAUCAGUAUUGGCAUAUCCUUCUAUGCCAGCUCUCAUGACACCUUGAUCUUAUUCAAGGAUGUGCAGACAGGCAAGAUCUACGUCGUCGCAGGAAAGGGAUGUUUUGCGGAGCUGGGCGGAUCUACAGCGGCAAGAGAUCUGGCCAGCUGGACCGACCUGACAGUUUUCAGAGAUGAAACCGACUUCUUCACCCAUUGCCAAAAGAGCCACAUCAAGGUCGCCCGAUCAGAGACACGAUUAGCAAGCACAGGAAGUAUCAGCCUUGGUUCAGCAUGGGAGGCGCAACAUUACGGCCCGGUAAACGUCGACCUUGAUGCUCUGCUCGCAUCUAAAUUACUCUCAGAUUCAGAUGCGAUCAAUCUUCUGGCCGACGAGGCUUUCGAUGCUCUUGCCAUUGCUUGCAAGACCCGACAGCGCAUCCCAGAGCUUCGUACAUUCGUUCGAGCACAGAAAGUCGAACAGGUGGCACCUAAAUUAGAGGACCGAAAUGGAGGCGCAGCCAUUAUCGUCCAGAUGGCAGAUACCGCGGCAAGUGACGAACAGCGCGAGGAGCUUCAGCAGCAACUCCGUGCCGCACAUGCGGCGAACCGACGAGACUACCGAAAAACAAUUGCCGAUUUUGCAGGGUCAGCAGCCGAACAGGCACUGAAGAAACGCAACCAACUCGUGGAUGCAGCACUGAGGUCACUGGCAUCUACUGAGGCUGCCAAUUACAACGCAGAAAUUAUAGGUCGUAGAAGCAACAGAGCUCGGCGUGCCGAAGAGGUUGACUCAAGUGCUACGAUUGAUAUGGCUAAAUUGGAUCUGGAAGCGCCAUCGUGUAAGGGCUACUGCCUUGUAUGCUGCGGUAACCAAGAGAUCAUGUCGAUCUGUUUCAAGGAGACUGACCCUGAGCACACGGAUUAUAACACAAGCGACUUUGCCCUCAACUUCCCUCUCGCUGCAGGAGCAUCCUUGAACAACGUUGAUCUGAUCUCGAGCCAAAACGUGUGCUUCCAGUGUGCACUUCUCGGACCUGGAGGCAUGUCCAUCUACAAAGAACGACUUACGGCUGUCAUCCCAGCUGUCCAAUACAACGGAAGCAACAAAAAGUACAUCAACGACCAGCUCUACUCAGCUUUGACUGCACGUCUGGCUACUGGCGCUGCAGGAGUGGCCCAGCUGUUCAUGUCCAUACUUCAAAACGUCAUGCAAAUGAAGUCGUGGGCAGGAGCUGGUAUGAAUACCUCGCAGAUUCCUGUAGAUGAGCAGCAUGAGGCUAGACAACGCCUUGGAACGUUUCGGUGGAUGCUCGAUCAGCUGAUCCAGAACACACGCACACGCGAGACGUUCAAUGAGACCGGAGAAUGGGUCAGGUUCCCACAGGCAUUGCUUUGGGCAGCGAAAGACUUUGAGACCAAUGGUCUUGCAAGCUUCGCUGUGACCUACCCAGUGGCGGGCUUCAAGAGCCUUCUGACCCUUGGUCAACACACAGGGGCGUUCUCAAUUGACAAUGUCAGCCGGUUACAGUCCGCGAAGCUGCUGCACUCGAUUGCUGCCAAGUAUCUUGCAGAUCUCCAGAUUGCCCUAAAUCGUGGGUCUGGAGACACAUUUGCCGACCGUGAGCACUGGAAGCAAAAGUACCUUAAGGUCAUCUACUACGACUUCAACGGUGAUCUGGUACCCGUGGAUCACGGCGAAGCUUCCAUACUCGAUGACCUCGACAUCUUCAAGCAACGCCUAUCCAUCUGCCUUGCAGAGGUGUCCUCCAGCGUGACCAACAAGGCCAUCAUGCACAAGAUUCAGAUUCUCCUCUUCUGGCUUCUCUUCACCCAGCGCGGCCACUGCACAGCGCAAACAUUCUUCAACCUUACAACACACUCCGAGCCCCUCGCCCCCGCCGUCUUGGACCCGAAGCUCUCGGUCCCCGUCUCCUCCCACCAGCACAUCCUACUCUCGAUAUUCGCCCAGCACAACGCCGCUCUCAUCAAUCCCACUCAAGCAGAAUCCCACAACACACUCAUUCCCUUUGCAAACCCUUUCGGCGCCUCGGUACUACGCUGUGGCGUACCCAGCUGUGCACAACCCUUCUGCGACGCUAUGAGUCUGGAUUCGCAAGCCAUCACGCCUGAGAUCGCCACGGCGGUGCGGAAGGCGCGGACAAAGCAUCUGGUAAAUGUAUUCGGCAUCCGUGGACGCUUUGAGCGCUCGGACACUGGGCUGCCUGAACGUGCAGCUGUGGGGCAUCCACCUACAUCAAUUCAUACGAAUAUGCAUGCGAGCAUUGUGAGGGAGUGGGUUGAGCGGGAUCAAGACGCACGAAGGGCUAUUGUACGGGGAGGGGCUGUGCGCGUGGAGUUUGUCAAGGAUGUACGCAAGCGGUUGUGUAGUAAGGGCCGAGGCGAUAUCUUCAAUGCACAGAUUGAGAGGGAUACGGAGGCUCUUCUUCCGAAUUUCUUCGAGGCGCUUGCGGCGGCAUUGAGGGGACAGAGCAAGAGUGGCGAGGAUGUUGCAUUGUAUGAGCACAAUUUCGAGAUGAACAGGCUGCAGGACAAGAUUGAGUACGAGCUGGUGUGUAUGAAGCCGGAGCAUAGGGAGCUGCCAUGAGUGUCUCUUCCUCUCUAAUUUGUCCAAUGUCACCAGGCGCUUCUGCGAGGAAGGUGCGAACUUAACUUGAAGUUUUAACAUGGUGUGAUUCAUGUAUGCAUGUACACUUAUGUACGCCGCUACCCGAUUCCGCCAUAGGCGAAUAUCCAGAUACCGAACAGGAAUGAAAAGUUUUGUCGUGAGCGGCUCCAACUGGAGUCUAGCAAUUAACUAAAUGCAGAACAUGCUCCCAAUGUAACGCCGUCAAAUGCUUGAUAGCCUGUACCCAG